AUGUCAAAGGUCUCGUCUAGUAGAGGAGGCUCGCCUUCCAUUUUGUUCAGAGGAGAAAUUGGGUUGCAAAACCAGGGGCAAUUCACUUCUAGUCUUCUUGUUUCCUCAGAGCAUGCACUUGAUGAUGCAGUUGAUUGUUUUAUAGAGGGGAGAUUGUUAGCACCAGAGAUUACGAUUACGCGUAUUGAAAUCAUGGAAAUUUUUCAAAUGGAAAGAUUAGGAUUUGGUUCAAAAAAGUUUCCAAAAAUGGUGGUUUCAUUUUUGCUGGCUUUCUGUCUGUUAUACAUGGCCUCCAUGGUUUACAGAAGCUCAAGUUUUGAUCUAAUUGGGGAAUUCGCCAAAGCUGAUGUUACAGGAGAAACGGCCGAAAAUGUUACCUUACCUUCAGUGAAGGAAGAUAAUCUUUCCUCUCAACCUGAAAGCGUGGUUGUUGAUAAAUUGCUUGGUGGACUUCUGGCUCCAGGAUUUGAUGAAGAAUCUUGCAUAAGCAGGUACCAGUCUAACUUGUAUCGCAAAAUUUCUCCUCAUAAGCCCUCUGCUUAUCUUGUUUCGAAACUGCGUAAAUAUGAAGAUCUUCAUAAGCGUUGCGGACCUUACACCGAAUCCUACAAUAGAACCCUGAAAGAAUUGAGUUCUAGCCACAUAAAUGGUACUGUAGACUGCAAUUACAUUGUUUGGACGCCUUCUAAUGGAUUGGGGAAUAGGAUAAUCAGCAUGGCUUCAUCGUUUCUGUAUGCUGUCCUCACAGACAGAGUUCUACUUGUCGAUCAUGGACCCGACAUGACUGAUCUCUUUUGUGAGCCUUUUCCAGAUGCAUCAUGGGUAUUGCCCAAGGAUUUUCCACUCAGCAAUCAAUUCUAUGGCUUGCAACCAGGAAAUGUUCAUAGUUACGGGCACCUGCUAUGGGCUAACAGCAUGAACAUCUCAGCCGUGACGCAGUCACCAUCAUUUCUGUAUCUAUAUCUGGCUUACAACUAUGAUAACUAUGAUAAGCUUUUUUACCAGGAUCAAAACCAAGGUUUUCUCCAAAAAAUCCCUUGGUUGAUUCUGAAGUCAGACCAAUACUUUGUGCCUUACCUCUUCUUGAUCCCAUCUUUCCAGCAAGAACUAGGCAAUCUGUUUCCCGAUAAGGAGACUGUUUUCCACCACUUGGUUCGCUAUCUUUUUCACCCUUCAAAUCAAGCCUGGGGACUGAUCACCAGAUUUCAUCAGGCUUACUUGGCCAGUGCAGAUCAGAGAAUCGGUCUUCAAGUAAGAGUAUUUAAUAGAAAAGCAAGUCCAAUUAAAGUUGUUCUGGAGCAGAUACUGAGCUGCAUUCAAAAGGAAAAGCUGCUGCCUCAAGUAGAUGAGAAAAAACAUAUAGCUUCUCCAUCCAAAAACAAGACCUCAAGAGCUAUUACCAUAGCAUCAUUAUACCCAGAAUACUAUGAAAGCAUAAAGAACAUGUAUUGGAUGAAACCGACCGUAAAUGGUGAUGUUAUCGGGGUUUAUCAGCCAAGUCAUGAAGAGUUUCAACAUUUUGGGAACAAUAUACACAAUAUCAAGGCAUGGGCUGAAAUAUACAUCCUAAGUUUGAGUGAUGUUUUGGUGACUAGUUCUUGGUCUACUUUUGGCUAUGUAGCUCAAGGACUAGGAGGAUUGAAGCCAUGGAUGCUCUACGUGCCUACCGGUGACAAAACGACCGAUCGACCGUGUCCACGAGCCACGUCUAUGGAGCCAUGUUUUCAUUUUCCUCCUAAUUAUUACAAAAAUGCAAGGACCAGACGGCGACUUGACUCUGUUUCCCUUGUUCCUCAUAUCAUGCAGUGUGAGGAUACAAGUAACGGAAUAAAGCUGGUUAAUGAUAAGAAGUUUUAG